UUCAGUCCCCGCCCUCACUGCGCUUCCGGUGGCCUGGGCUGUGCUGGCGGCGGCUAGAUGCGCGGCCGCGGUGGUACUGCGCGCCUGGGCAGAGGAUCCCUAAAACCGGUGUCCGUGGUGCUCCCCGACACCGAGCACCCUGCAUUUCCUGGACGAACCCGCCGCCCAGGGAAUGCCAGAGCAGGAUCCCAAGUGACCGGAUCUCGUGAGGUCGGCCAGAUGCCAGCGCCGCUUUCACGAAAGAUCGGGCAAAAAAAGCAGCAACUGGCACAGUCAGAGCAGCAGCAGACCCCUAAGGAGAGACUCUCUUCGACCCCUGGCCUCCUGCGAAGUAUCUACUUCUCGAGCCCAGAGGACCGCCCUGCCCGGCUAGGACCGGAGUAUUUUGACCAGCCCGCAGUCACCCUAGCCCGUGCAUUUCUGGGACAGGUCCUUGUCCGGCGACUUGCUGAUGGAACAGAACUCCGUGGGCGCAUUGUAGAGACUGAGGCAUACUUGGGGCCAGAAGACGAAGCUGCCCACUCAAGGGGUGGCCGGCAGACCCCCCGUAACCGUGGCAUGUUCAUGAAACCUGGAACUCUGUACGUGUACCUCAUCUAUGGCAUGUACUUCUGCUUGAAUGUCUCCAGUCAAGUGGUCUGAGCCAGAAGAACCAAGAACCAGUACCAUCCUGCCAAAGCCACUGCUGGCUAGGAGUGUGGAUGGCAUAUCUCAGUACCUGUGAGCUGAGCCUUCCCUGUUUGUCCCUAAGUGACCAAUGUUCUUGGUUUGUUGGACAAGUACUUUGAUACAGGGAACUGUUGUUACCUACAGCAGGUGACUGAGGGUCUACCACAGGGGACUUGGGAGCUGCAGGUGAGUGGACCACAGGACUGGCUGUGCACCUACCACAGUGCCAAUUCUGAGCGACACUAUGGAUGACUAGACAUCAAAAGAUCACAAGACAGGGCUGAAGAUUAAUUCAGUUGUUAACAGCAUCAGCUGCUCUGGCAAAGGACCUGGGUUCUCUUCCCAGCCCCAUGCAUACAAGUAGUACAGACAUACAUACAGACAAAA